AUGACGAAUUGUCGGCCUCGCUCAUUGUUGCAUACUUUGCUUUUUCUCAUCGUCUUCUUGGCCUGCUCAUCCAACAUCGCCUCGUUCUACCUUCCUGGUGUGGCUCCCACAGACUACAAAAAAAAUUCUACAGUAGAACUUCUCGUGAACUCUCUUACACCCGGCAUCUUACCACAGACGCAACAAUUAAAAUCAGUGAUCCCGUAUGAUUACUAUAAUGACAAGUUUCACUUUUGUAAACCCGCCGACCUCAGUAUGCAAAGUGAGAGUUUAGGAAGUAUUUUGUUCGGCGACAGGAUUUUCAAAUCUAGAUUCGAGCUCAACAUGCAGAUCCCUGUCGAUUGUAAAAUUCUCUGUGACGACGUAGUAACCAUCCCCCCGGCAGAUGCCAAAUUUAUUAACGCUCGUAUUCGGGAAAACUAUGUUAUAAAUUGGCUCAUUGAUGGUCUUCCGGCGGCAACAAAUCUAAUAGAUGGCAAGAAAUUUUACUCUGGAGUUGGAUUCGGUUUAGGUCAAGUGACUUCAUCCGGGAUACCGCACUUCAAUAAUCAUUACAAGAUUAUCGUCAAGGUACAUAAACAAGAGGAUAAAUAUAGAGUUGUGGGCGUUUUCGUUGAUCCCUCAAGUCGUAAUUAUUCAGCGGCGGUUACUGAAAAGACUGCUUGCGCCAAAACAUGGGAUCCUCUCGUUUUAGACGAGAACAAGGCUAAUAAAGUGAUUUUUACUUACACUGUGGAGUGGCAAUCGGAAUCACAAAUUCAAUGGGCGACUCGAUGGGAUAGCUAUCUUCAUGUCUUUGAUCCAAAGAUUCACUGGUUCAGUUUAGUCAAUUCAAUCGUUAUCGUACUAUUCCUAACUGGGAUGGUAGCCAUGAUCUUGCUCCGUGCAUUGCACAAGGAUAUCACUAGAUACAAUCAACUCGAUUCUCAGGCAUGUUUUGGUUUGACAGAGACAAAAAAGCGUCGGGAGGGCAAGAAGAAAGAGGAUGUACAAGAAGAUUUUGGAUGGAAGUUGGUACACGGAGAUGUUUUUCGACCUCCCUCCAAUGUCAUGCUAUUAUCCGUGUUGCUGGGCAACGGCAUACAGCUAUUCUGCAUGACCGCAGUUACGCUCGUUUUUGCCGUACUUGGUUUUCUCUCUCCUUCAAAUAGAGGUUCGCUUGCGACGGUUAUGAUAAUUUUCUAUAUGCUCUUUGCGAGUGUGUCUGGAUAUGUUUCAGCCCGCGUAUACAAGAUGUUUGCCGGAAAAUCUUGGAAUAAGAAUAUUAUAAUGACUGCAACACUACUCCCAGUGUUGAUAUUCUCCAUACUAUUUACCAUUAACUUUUUCCUUGUGGGAGCAAAUUCGUCUGGUGCUGUACCUGCAACCACUAUGAUUGGAACUAUUGUUCUGUGGUUCCUUAUAUCUGUUCCGUUGAGUUGCAUCGGAUCCUAUAUUGGGUUCAAAAAACCAGCUAUUGAACAUCCAGUUAGAACAAACCCAAUUCCGCGACAAAUUCCCGAUCAAGUCUUCUAUCUUCGUCCUAUACCUUCCAUGCUUAUGGGAGGUGUACUUCCAUUUGGUGCGAUUUUCAUUGAAUUGUAUUUCAUCAUGAGCAGCAUCUGGGGGAACAAGAUAUAUUAUCUCUUCGGAAUUGCGUCUUUGGUGUUUGUUAUUUUGACCAUUACUUGUUCCGAAGUCACCAUAUUGUUAUGCUACUUCCAUCUAUGCGCCGAGGAUUAUCAUUGGUCGUGGAGAGCAUUCUUGACGUCUGGCGCAUCCGGGUUGUAUAUUUUCUUGUAUUCGAUUAUGUAUUAUACAACAAAGUUACACAUAACAUCGUUUACGAGCACUGUUGUAUACUUUGGAUGGACUUCCUUAAUGAGUUUACUGUUCUUUAUACUGACUGGUGCUAUUGGAUAUUUUGCAUGCUUGGUCUUUGUUCGUAAGAUUUUUGCGAGCAUUAAACCGCCUGAGCGCGCCGUGAGCACAGACGCGGAUAUCGAACGUUCACAGCAAGUAAUCAUUCAACGAUCAGGUCACCGCUACAAAGUAUUAUCCUAUUCACCAUACUCACUUCG